UACUCCUCCUUUUUGUUGUGUUGUAUAUAACUUUGAUUGUUGACCAGAAAAACUUCCAAAAAUCCUUUAAAAGUACAAAAAAUUAAAUGCAAAACCUUAAGAAAUGUCGGUAAAUAUCACAGUUAAUGGAAAAUUUGCCAAUCAUUGUCGUCCCUACUCCCUUCUGGACGAUCCACAAGAAAUUAGGAAGGCAGAGGAAAAAGAAAGAAGAAAGUUGCGUCUUUUGCAGGUACGCGAGGAAUCCAAGAAAUUGGCCAAAAAGAUACGUGAUGAAGUCAACGAGGAGAAAAAGCGAGAAUUGCAAAAAUUACAGGCUAUUAAGGAAAAAGAACUGGAAUGUUGGCGCCAGCAUGCUUUACAGCGUAAAGGUGAGGAGUACCGUGAAGCUAUAUUUCAAAUUGGUACAGCUCAUCAUGCGGCCAAAAGAGAAAAUGAACAAAGAGCUGAUAAGCAAAAACAGCAAGGCACUUAUAAGGAUUUUAGAAAACAAAUGGCCGCUAGAAAAUCCCAACCAGGAAAAGUACAAUUUAGUUGCCAAAAAUCAUGUAUAUGCCAACAAACGCAUAUUGCCAACAAACAAUUUAAAUGUACUUGCACCCAAACAGAUGAAAACCAUAUAAGCGAUGAGACUCACAAACGUAAAAGAGAUUUAAGUUUUUCUUCCAGUGAAUCGGAAUGUGAAGAUGAAGGCUAUAAGGAACUAACUACUUUACCUCAAACAUCAUUUUCAUUAAGUUCGACCUGUGAUAGUACAUCAUCAUCCCUAAGUAAUACUCAAGCUACUCAAACUUCCAUGUUUGUUCCUACAAAAAAUAAAUAUUUAAUUAAGACCCCAGCAGUAUAUUUAGAUGUUGAAGUAGGCACCGAUGAUUCGGUUACUAUAAGUGCUCCAACCGAAAUGAAAGAUAAGCAUGCCGAAUAUAAUAGACAAUUUAGUAGUGUAAUAAGAGUAAGUCCACGCAAGGGACACAAAGAAAAGGAAAAUACCUGUGAAAAUCCUUCUUUGCAACAAUCAACAACUAACACUUUGUCUAGUGAAUCAACAGCAAAGCAAGUGGAUGUUAAUAAAACUGUACAAGAAAGAGCUCAAUUAAAUAAAGCUACUGCAUCAAAAGAGAAACGUUUUACCAUCAUUUCAGAUCUAGUUAAAAAGCAACAGACAAAUGAACCUUCAACAACAGAUUUAAAUCAAGGAACAGCAUGUCCUCCUGUUUCACGGGCAACGUCUGCAUCGGUAACUCCUCAUUUAUCACCGAAAAAACAAAUAAGAGAAGUUUCCCAACGACAACCAAUAGUACGACCUCAACCCCUGUCACCACGUAAAGCUAGUGCUACUUCAAAGUCUUCUAGAACUAUAACUGAUCAUACACAACCGGCUACCUCUUUCACAGCAACGACUAAAAGCAAUACUGCCAUUGCAAGUGGCAGCAGUAGUUCCGGACGUGUGCAAUUUUAUGAUUACAAUAGUAAAUUGGCAAAAGAGCGAGAUCAGGCUCCAGCGUCAGUAAGUGUACAAAGACAACGAGAUCAAACUCAACCCACAGCAAUGGAACAAGCUGAACUGGAAAAGCAGAGAGAAAGAGAAAGACAGUUGGAGGCUUUGAAAAGAUGCCAACAAAUGGAAGAACGAGGUCAGAAAGCCUUGGAGCGUGAACAAGUAAGACGUGAUUGCAAUGAGUUGACGGAAAAAUUAGAGGCUCUUACACGAGAAUAUCCCAAUCAAGUGCCGACAAAUGAAAAUCAAUUGCAUUUAUUCGCUGAUAAACAAUUACGUAAAGAAGGUAAAAUGAAUAUGGCAGUGGAAAAGUUACUGCAAAGACCUACAAUAAUAACAUGUUCUGAACUAAAUAAUCCUGAACAAAAUAUUAACAAACCUAAAUCAACUGCCACAGCAAAUAAAGUGGUCAAUGAAUUAAAUGUAGCUGCUCUUAACCAUAAACAUUUGCCGACAGAUGAUGUUUCCAGUGACAGUUGUUGCUCUAUACUCUUGGGCUAUGUAGAUGAUCAAAGUAGACUUGUUAAGCAGGAUUUACAAAGCAAUGAAGCUACACAAAGUGAAACUAAACAAAAAAGGCUACAAAAUCUUUUAAAACGUUUAGAUCAACUUCGCACUUCUUUGGUGGAAGAAUUAAAAAAUGAAAGUGAAUCUAAAAAGUUAAGAAAGCAAGACGAUAAAGCUAAACUUUCCUCGAAAGAGGAAAAUCUUAGACAAGUUAUCGAUAGUAUAAGUGAAAUGCGUAAAGAGAGGGAACAGUUAUUGACAAAUGAAAAAGUUUCAGAAAGGAAACCUUUAAAAACAAGAGAAAAGGAAUUACAAGCUAAAGAAGCCAUAUUAGAGCAGAAAGUAAGAGAGUUUUAUGAAUUACAAAAGCAACAAAAUAAGUUAAAUAAUAACGACAAUAAAAAAGAUAUAAAACGUGUUAAAAGUAAAGAAGAAAAGGAAGAAAACUCCUCUUCUUCGACUAAAGAUAAAAGUGAAAAUUCCCAAGAAAGUUCUAAUAAUAAAGAAAAUGUUAUAUGUACUUCAGGAGAAAAUCCUUUGGAAAUUAUUAUAACCGUAAAAGGUGAAACUAAAUGUGUUAAAAUACCACAAAAACCUAAAAGAAAACUUUUAGCGAAGAAAAGUCCUAGCAAAUUGUCCACUUUAAUAAGAAGUCCUCAAACCAAAAAACAUACUCCUAAAAAGAAAACUCCCUUAGCAAAGCCUUUAGGAGGGCAAGGAGUUUUAAGAAGACAAAAUUCUUAUGAUUCUAAUUCAACUUCUUAUAUGAGUUUACCAUCAGAAAUGCCCAACAAAAUAGAUGAUUUAACUAAAGAAAUAGCUAAAGAAAGACAAAAAACGAAAACGGCUAAAGAACUUCAAAAAAAGCAACCAACUGCUAGUCAGGAUAAGACGGUAGAAUCUGAAAUUUCUUUAGAACCCUUUGAUACGCCCAGAUCUAAUCAACCAGUAAGAAUAAAUCCCUUAAUAGCUCAAUAUGUACAACGUUUACUGGGCAUGUCGCGUAAUGCAGUUGAAAAAUUGGGUGUAAGCUCCUCAGAAAUUGAAACUCCCGCUUCUAGCAUUAUUAAUACAACAGGAAAUAUUACCAAUUCUGAUACCUUAAUAUCAGACGAGCGUCUUAUUAGCAUACACAAUUUCAUGGAAGAAAAUAGAAGUUUUAUUAAAGAUCUCGAACAAUCUAUGAGAACACAAAAUAAUGUUUCUCUAGAGAAUAGCAUGAGAAUGUUUGAUGAUAUAUGGCGUAAAAGAUUGAAAGGUCAAAGUUCUGAUAAUAAAAAUAAGAAAACUCAAGAUAAAACCGAAUGUAAAGAAAAAACAAAAACCGAUAAAUUGGCUAAAGACAGUAAAAUUGAAGAAAAAACUAAAAAGUCUACAAAAGAUAAUAUUAAUCAGCAAAAAGGAAAAUCUUUAGCCAGCAAUAACAAAACUGUUGGCAGCAAAUUAUCAUCUGAAAAUUUGCUUAAAGAUUUGGCUAAAAGUCUCUCUUCUCACUACUCAAGUGAUGAUAAAGAAUCUUUGAAAUCUUUGAAACUUCCACAGCGUUCCAUACAAAAAUCAGAUAAAGCUAUUGAUGCUAGACUCUCAGCAGAUUCCAGUAAAAAUGAACCGGAUUCCCAAAUUGCUCGUUAUGCUAAACUUACGGAAAAUUGUACUCAUCGUAUAGCCGAAUUAACGGAAUUGAUUAAUCGUGUACGUGAAGAAAAACAGCGACUGUUAGAAGUCACCCUAAGUUCGGUCAGUGACAAUGGUAGACAAUCUACCGAAUAUCUUGAACUACCAGAAGGAAAAUCUAGUACACGACAGGAUCAAGAGGAUCUAACCCGCGUUAGUUCCAGCUCUGAAGAGACCACACAUAAUAAGCAAUCCCAAAGUUCGGAUACUUUACAUGAAAUGCCGAAAUUAACAUCAGCCGAUAAGAACAAACAAAUCACGGCCAGUCGUGAUAGUGGCAUAGCCGAAUCACGUCCCAUUACAGCACUAGAGAAUCGUAUCGAUCAGGAACCCAUUUCACAAACAUCUUCUGAAAGUACUAUGCCACAACCUGUACGUAAAUUGAAACCACCACCCACACUCAAACGUUUUAGUCCCCAAUUGCCGGAGGAGGAAUUAGCACAUGAGUUAUCUACCAUUUUAGAGGUAGAUACACCGGCUACAUCACGUAUCAAUACAGCUGCUGGGCAAUCGACAACUGAUGAUCGUGAAAAUGCCUCGGAUACAGCUUCUCAGCAGCCAGUAAAGUUUCCUACAUUUGAACAAUAUAUAAAGCAAUUGGAUUUGGAUAUAACUCAACUAAAUCCGGAACAAAGUGUACUUUUACAACAGGAAUUUACCACAUUUUUGGAAUGCCUACAACCAAAUCGUUCGCCAGCAAAUACUCCACAAUAUACCGAGUUUCCCUCUAUUUCCGCCUACAUACAACAUUUAACCGAAACAGAUCAUAAUCUAGGUGAAACAAUGGAAGAAUCUUUAGCUCAAUUGCGCAUAAGUGGCAUAAAUCCUCGCAUUUUUCCGGCAGUACGUGAGUAUAUGAAAAGCAAUGUCAACAAAUCGUCUCCAGAACAAGAACAACUAUUGGAUACUGAAAGUUUAGAAAAUAUUACCGAAGAACCUACAAGAACCAACACAGAUGAUACAGCUUCGCUAGACAUAGAAGCAGAACUGAAAAGAAGAAAAAUUUUAAAAAAUUCAUUUCGUUACAGUGAAACCAAAAAACAACAAAUAUUUUCUUCUACUGCCCAUAAGGAUGCAGCCUUUUUUCAAGAGAUUGUGGCCACAGAAAGUGGUGUAGAUAAAUUAUCUACAUCGGGCAACACCAGUGAUUUAUUAGAUGCAGAUUUAAAAAGAACGGUACAACAAUGGCCCGGGGAAGUAAGAAGAAAAUCAAAAGAGAUAAAAAUUUUAAGUAGUACCACAACAUCAACAAAUGCUUCUGCCGUAGCUAAUUCCGCUUUAAGGGCGGCCUCUUUAGAUGACAGCUCUAAGGACACGGGUAAAGCUUUAAAUUUGCGUGAUUUUCUAACACGAGAACUUUUAAAACAUGCUAAUAUAACCGGUUCCAGCAGUGAUGAAACUUUAAGUAGUCAUUUUAUACAUUCCCUUAUUGGUUCUCUAACGCCUCGUACCCCGGGUGCUGCUAGUAAAUCGGGUGCUAUGACUUUAGAUCGUCAAAAGACUUCGACUCCGGUACCUAUGCAAUCAUCGCAAACACAUUCCUCUACCAGCAGUCGUUCUAAUGGUUCAAGUCAAUUGUUUUCCGGAGAAAGUCAUUUAUCUUCGGUACAUUAUCAGGAUCGUUCGGUACGUUUUUUUACAAGUGAUGGUGAUAAAGCUGAUCAAAGUUCUGGAUAACGUUGGUUGGGCUGGUAAUGAGGAUAUUUGUUUGUUGGUAGCUGAUUUUUUUUUUGUUUAAAAAAUGUUAUUAAGAAUUAGUUGCACGGUAGUUGGUAAGCGAAGAGUUUUUUUUCUGUAGUUAAAUGAUUUGAGGCAAAAAUUAACAGAAAUAAGGUUCUUUUUUCAAAUAGUACACUUUUUUCAACUGUACAUAAUGUUGUUCAAAACAGACUUUUUUGUUCAGUAAGAGAUUGAGAUUUUGUGACUAGAAAGAUAUUUUUGAUAAAAAAACAUUUUGAAAAGUUCUUUUUUUUAGGAAUUUUUAAAAUUGUAUCUAUUUUAUUUUUCAAAAAAUCCUUUUAAUAGAGAAAUA